AUGAUUGGCGGAUUGGAUCUCGAAGAAAGGGGGGAAGUAAAUACCAGGCACCAAGAAGGCACCGAGAAUGAGGAGGAGCUCACUUUGAAGCUCACCGGAGUCACAGAAAUGGGAAAGGAUCGGAAAGAGGGCAAUAUGGCUUCAUGGAGAAACACGGAGUUGUGGUGCCAAGGCAAGAAGCUGCAUCGGAAUCUGCUCCCGAUGUAA